AUGGUGCGCAGUAAGAACUCCUCGAAAAAGGAUAAAAACGUGAAAGACUCGCCAGACUGCGUGGCUCCUACUUCCUGUGACUUACUGAGUUGCGUAACGAAAUGUCCGCGAACCAGUCAGGCACGGAUAGCGAUCCGAGCAAAACCGGGAGCUAAGGUGUCCUGUCUCACUGGGAUAGAUGCCGAGGGUGCUCUGGGUGUACAGCUGAAUGCUCCUGCGAGAGAUGGCGAGGCGAAUGAGGAACUGUUGAGCUUUCUCUCGAAGGAAGUACUCGGUGUAAAGAAGAAAGAUGUGGCUCUUGUCCAGGGUUCUAAGAGCCGGGAGAAAGUAGUCGAGAUAGCUGAUGUUCUUACUGUUGAAGACGUUUCCAGACUCCUCCGCAACGAGUUGCAGUCUUGA